AUGCAGCCCUCCAGCAGUAAACGCAUCCUGAUCCUCCUCACCCCUCCGCUGCUCCUCAACAUCCCUCUGUCGCUCCUCGUCAUAGCUCUUGAACGCAUUGCCUCGAGCAUUACCUCGUCCCAUCAAGCCCGCUUCGAUCGCUAUGGAGGGACUCCCUCCUUCGAUCGCCCAGAUACCGGAGCUGCUGUUCCGAUCCUGACGUACGGCGCGCCCACGUCGUCCAUCAUCGGCGCAUGCGUGGUUGCACUGGCCGUUGGGGCCCUGAGUUGGGGUGGUAUCUACGAGCUGCGGAAGUCAAUGGGGAGCAGCCGACGAUAUGAGCGCGUGUGGGCGUGGAGUGUCAUUUUCUGGAAUCUGUUUGCGACGGGGCUAUGUAUAGGUGUUUUGGGGUGGGUUAGUAGCGUCGUGGGUGGUGAGACGGGAUGGGCGACCAAGGAUGAUAUGACGGGGAGUGCUACCUCCAAGGAUGAAAGCACUAGAGUCAGAUCGUUGACGAGGGAAACCUGGACCUGUAGUGUCCACAGCUUGUUUGGCGAUAGAAUCUCAUGGGCAGGGAGUGUUUGCGGGCUUUUGGUACGUUCCACGGCACUCCUCUCCCAAUACUAUCCAACCAGAUGGAAAACGACGAAGCGGGCUAACGACCAUGAUCAACAGCAAGCGGCUCGCUUCCUCCUCAUCCCCAUCGCCGUGUCUCUUCUUCUGACCGUCAUCUCCAUGUACAUGCUCGCCCGCGACCGCGGCGGCAUCAAGUGGCUUUUCGGCGGCGCACCGCGCUACAACGGCUUCGACAGCAUCUACGAGAUGAACGCCAACAACGAUCCCAGGGCGGGACCCACACCUCCGCAGCCACCGCCCAUGUACUACCCUUACCCUCCACCACAACCCGGCGCUCUUCCCUAUGGCCAGCAACCUCCCAUUGCCCGACCAUCCAUCCAGCCAGCAAGAAACCAGCAGGCUCGCAACGCCCACCAACGCUCCUUCCCGACGGCGCUGGUGCCCGGGUCAUCUGCCACAGCUAGCUCGUCCGGUGGCAUCAUACUCGACUCCAAGCAUCGCGGAUGCAUCGUGACUCCGCCCAACGUCACACAGUGGCAGUGCGAUGAGGGAAACUCAGGUACACCUGGUUGGAGCUUCAACUGCGACCGAGAACUCGUUUAUCAUGGCUCCCCGGCCUUGUUUGCUUGCCCUGUCAACGAUCGUGGCGAGUGGAAUGUCUAUGUCAAGCCUGACUUCGGCCAGAAGAAGUGCGUCCCCAUCACUCUGCUCUAUGGAGGAGAUUGGCGUCCAGCUGGCUGCCACUCCAAGCCGUCAUCCAUGUCGUCGUCCAAGCCGUCGUCCAAGCAGUCUUCUCGUCCGCCGUAUUUUACGAAUUCGACAACGCCAAGGCCAAGCACGACUCAUAGCAAGCCUGCAUACGCACCUCUCCCUACCAAAUCAACCUCUUCUCGUCCGUGGCACUUUGUGAAUUCGACAACGGUAGGGUCAGGCAUGACAUACAGCAAGCCUGUAUACGCACCUUUCCCUACUAAUUCGACGUCUUCUCGUCCGCUGAUUUCGACAACAACAGGGUCGGGCACAACUUAUAGCAAGCCUGUAUACAGCCCUCUCCCUGCUAACUCCACGUCUUCUCGUCCAUCGCAUUGGGUGAACACAACAACAGUAGGGUCAGGCACAACCUAUAGCAAGCCUGCAUACGCACCUUUGCCUACCAAACCAACGUCUUCUUCGUCCAAUUCAACACACCAGAAGCCAUCAUCGUCACCGUAUUCGGUCAUCACAGAGACUGUUACAGUAUGCACAACAACAACAACAGCUAUUAACACGCCGAAUCCGCUUCCAGGAAUCAGCACGCCAGGUAAUCUGACCACGUCUCCAGAUGGUACGUGUGGAAAGGGCACAGAUUAUUCCUGUCUCGGUUUUACUGCCGGCACUUGCUGCAGUCACUUUGGCUGGUGCGGUUCAUCCAGGGCUUUCUGUGGGGUAAUGUGCCAGAGCUCUUACGGCACCUGUGGUAGUUCAGCUUGA